AUGGACGGACUACGGAAUGUACUACGGGAUGUGAUACGGCGGCAUGCGCAGCAAUUGGUGACGAGACAGGACGCCAACAACCCGGCUGAUGAGCUGUUGGAGCUCCUGCAGAAUCCCUUCAGGCAGCAGCUCGGGGAUGGAGCUAUUUGGUCUGCUUUGGGCACGUCAAUAGGAUUUACUGCCUUCAUAGCCAUUGCCUUCUCCCUGGUGCGGCCCUACAACACUGUCGUCUAUGCCCCGAAGCUCAAACAUGCCGACGAGAAACACGCACCACCCCCGAUAGGAAAAGGGUAUCUUGCCUGGUUCACGCCCCUGUGGAAGACGACCGAGAAGGACCUGAUAGCCCACGCCGGCAUGGACGCUGCCGUCUUCUUGAGAUUUACCAGGAUGUGUCGAAACAUCUUCCUAGUUAUUACCGUCAUUGGUUGUGGCAUCCUCAUCCCCAUCUACUACGGAAUGAACAGCGAUAAGAGUGGCAAACAGCAGUGGUUCAUGAGGUUGACGCCGCAGAAUGUUUUUGCUCAGCCGGUGUGGGCCUUGGUUGUCGUCGGCUAUCUGUUCAACCUGACUAUCUGUGGCUUCUUGUGGUGGAACUAUAGGAGGGUGCUGCAGCUGCGACGCAUGUACUUCGAGAGCGAGGACUAUCAACGAAGUCUGUCAGCCCGGACUCUCAUGUUGAAUGACAUUCCCAAAAAAAUGGCCUCUGAUGAAGGCAUUGCGCGGAUGAUCGACAAGGUCAUCCCACAGUCCUCGUUUUCCAGAACCGUCAUUGCGCGAAAUGUCAAAGACAUACCGGAUCUGAUUCAACAGCACGAUCACACGGUUCGAAAGCUUGAGAAAGUGUUGGCCAAGUACCUCAAGGAUCCCGAUAAUCUUCCCGCGUCGCGACCUAUGUGCUACCCUUCCAAGAAAGAUCCGUCCUAUAGCACUUAUCCCAAAGGCCAGAAGAUCGAUGCCAUUGAGUAUCUCACUCAGCGAAUCAGAGAACUUGAGAUUGAUGUCAAAGAGGCGCGUAACAGUCUGGAUAAGCGCAAUACCCUGUCAUACGGUUUCGCAAGCUACGACGACAUAUCCGAGGCCCAUUCCAUCGCGCACGCGCUCCGCAGCAAGAAGGCCCAAGGUGCAAGAGUGGUACUGGCUCCUAAACCGAACGAUAUCAUCUGGGACAACAUGCCAAUGACUCCGGCUACUCGAAGCUGGCGAAGGCUGGUUAUCAACUUCUGGAUCUCCAUUCUGACACUUCUCUGGAUUGCUCCCAACGCAAUGAUUGCCAUCUUUCUGGUCAACUUGAGUAACCUGGGGCUUGUGUGGCCCGCAUUCCAGACCCAGCUGGCUGGUAACUCCGGCUUCUGGUCCAUCGUCCAAGGCGUGGCCUCUCCAGCCAUCACCUCGUUGGUCUAUCUGGUGCUUCCUAUCAUCUUUCGUCGACUCUCCAUCAGAGCCGGUGACCGUACGAAGACGGGACGCGAGCGGCAUGUCGUCGCCAAGCUUUACGCAUUCUUUGUCUUCAACAACCUCAUUGUGUUCUCGCUAUUCAGUACGAUCUGGAGCUUUAUUGCGUCCGUGGUCAAUGAUACCCAGAAGGGUUUAGACGCCUGGCAAGCCAUCGGUAAGAACGAAUUUGGCACGCUUCUAUUCGUUGCGCUGUGCAACAUCUCCCCUUUCUGGGUGACGUGGCUCCUGCAGAGGAAUCUUGGCGCUGCUAUCGACCUUGCGCAAUUGUGGACUCUUAUCUACAGCUUCUGCACGCGCAAGUUUUCGAGCCCUACGCCACGUGAGAUGAUCGAGCUCACGGCGCCCCCUUCAUUCGACUACGCCAGUUACUACAAUUACUUCCUGUAUUAUUCAACCGUGGCUCUUUGUUACGGCGGUCUUCAACCGUUGGUUCUCCCAGCUGCAGCACUAUAUUUCUCCAUUGACGUCUGGUUGAAGAAGUACUUGCUUCUCUACAUAUUUGUUACGAAGACCGAGUCCGGGGGACAAUUCUGGCGCGUCUUGUUCAACCGCUUUGUCUUUGGCACCAUCAUCUCCAACCUGGUGAUCUUCCUGGCCGUUUUCGUUCGUGGUGAUGGCACCCAUACGAUGGCCUACGCGGUUGCUCCAUUGCCCUUCAUCAUGAUCUUCUUCAAGAUCUACUGCGCUCGAACGUUUGACGUUAAGAUCCAUUACUAUUCGACUGGCAAUGUCAACAAGCAACCGGAAACCUCCAUGCUCAAGGAUCCGUUGCGGUCAAGCAAUCUUGCUUCCCGUUUCGGCCAUCCUGCACUCUACAAGGGCCUCAUUACCCCCAUGGUACACGCCAAGGCCCAGAACAUCCUCGCCUCUAUCUACAAGGGACGUCUGACGGAUGGUCGCGAAGUCUACUCCGGGGACGCCAUGUCUACCUCUGGGUAUUCCGACUCGUACGUCAUGAACCCAAUGAACGCUGGCAAGCCCGGUAAAUCUGCGGCUCUUCCAGGAUUCGAGAUCGUACCUGAGUCGAGGCUUGAUUUCGAGUAUUACAAGAACCGUCAGGAGUUCGCCUCUGAGCAUGGAGGCGGGGAUAUAUAUGGUCGCUCCAACGACGUCAUGCGCCCGGGCACUCCUGGCAGUAGUAUGUGGAAUGGUAGUGAGCCACCAUCACGCUCAGGCAGUCCUACAUUACCUUCCAUACCCCGGGUUGGCAGCCCCGUGCCCGGCAGGAUCUACUCCCCAACCACCAACGCGGGCAUCACUUACCCUAGUGGCUAUUCUCAACCUAUAAGUAAGCCGUACGCCCCUUCCGUGGACACUGGUCGAUCCCGCAGUCCGAUAUAUGCGCAGGGAAAUGAUAGUGCAUCCAACUUGGUAAGCAACGCGGCUGCCAUGCCAAUGACCACGCCUGGGCCUAGAGAGCGCAGCUUGGAUCGUGUGCAUAGGUCACCGGGUGGUGCAGGAAUGCUUGGUGGCGGACCACAGGGAUACGGUGGCCUCCCACAGGAUGAGGACAUGGGUGGUGACCAUGACCCCAUGUCAUACAACUAUUUCCGAGAGGCGCGGACACCGAAGCGGCAUAACCCCGACGAGUGGUAG